ACCCUCGCAUAGACUCCCUGGCAAACACGGCAGUAACGGAUGUGUUAAUUCUAGAUGGCUCCCUUCAAUGGUAAUUACACACUCCGUAAACAACAUUUAUUUUUGAUAAACAAUGUUUUGGUGGCUUUAUUUGAUCAGACAUGGGAAACUUUUUCUUGGCAGAUGAUAUUCAAAUGUCUUUCUACGGAAGCAUAUUUGUCUCUUUACAUCAUCACCCCACACCCCACCCCUAUUCUGCCUUAUAAAGGGAAAUUGCAGAGACAUGUUGUGGGCAUUGACAACAUCUACCUGCAGACACACAGUAGAAAAUAAAGACAAAGAAAAUGGUGGGCACAACUUUGAGACCUCAAAAUCAGACAGAGAACACAACAAACAUCAACACAGUGGAAAACCAAAUCUUAUCAAGCAUCGAUAUCUUAAAGAUCUGCAUAUAUCUUGUCAUCUUGAUCAUGGGUGUCAUUGGAAAUGGACUUGUCAUCUUUGUGACCAGCUACAAAAUGAAGACAACAGUCAACUCCGUUUGGUUUCUCAAUUUGGCGAUUGCAGACUUCAUUUUCGUUUUCUGUUUGAUUAUCAACAUAAUUGUUACCUUCAACAAUAAGGUUUGGCCCUUCAGCAACUUAAUGUGUAAAUUAACCUCGUUGGUCACAGUACUAAAUAUGUUUGCAAGCAUUUUUUUGCUGACAGCUAUCAGUCUGGACCGAUGUCUGUGCACAUGGUUGAUUGUGUGGGUUCAGAACAAACGAACUCUUAACAAAGGCAGAAUCAUCUGUGUAUUUGUGUGGAUUUUAUCCAUCUGCUGCAGCAUCCCUUUUGUCAUCAAUCGCUCGGUACAGGAAUAUAAUGGAUUGAAACACUGUGUCUAUAAAAGCCAAAACCUGACAGAUCUUGAUGUAUUAUUGUCUCUGUUCACAUACAGGUUUCUGGUUGGCUUUCUAAUUCCCUUCUUGAUCAUUGCAUCUUCAUACAUAGCUAUUGGUGUGCGCGUGAAACGCCUUAAAAUUGAAAAGCAGCUUCGGCCUUUGGGAGUCAUUUUGUCUGUGAUUCUGGCUUUCUUCAUAUGCUGGUUUCCUUUCCAUGUUCAACAACUGUGUCACAUAAGUGCAGUGAAGUAUAACUGGAGUUACAGUGCUCAUAAAACAAUUAAUUCUGCAGGACCUUUUAUUCAGUGCCUGGCUUAUCUAAACAGUUGUCUGAACCCCAUUCUCUAUGUGUUCAUGUGUGAUGAGUAUAAGACAAAACUUAAAAAGUCUCUCCUGCUGGUGUUUGAGGCGGCCUUUUCAGAGGAGCAUAUGCGUUAUCUGUCAUCACGUCGUUCUACUUCAUGCUAUUCAGAGUCACUGGCAGGUGAAUUUGGCAAGCAGACAAACGACACAACCAUCUCCUCCUCUGGAAGUGGUCAGGGCAGAACAAGCAAUUCAGUCUGGUGAUGACCGAAAAUAUAAACUUGUAAACCGGAGAUGAAGGUUUCUCAAAUAUUCCUCCAUUCGGUCCCACCCCAAACUGUUGCCACUGGCUGAGUCAAAGUCGGACGGUUCGAGGAAUCCAAAAAAAGAGCAAUGAAUGAGGAAAUGUUUUUUAAUUGCCUUGUUACACAAAACCUUUACAUUAUAACGCUGUUAGACUAAUGUAUCUUUUGUUGUCUUAAAAAUGAUCAUAACAGAGGGAACUGAUUAUUUUCUGUUUUUAACAUUUUGUGACUUUUUUAUACACAAAGAGUUGUUUUAUAUUAAAUUAUGCCUUUGCCUUAUUGAAACCUUUGCUAUCACUGUAAAAAUAGACAAUCAGGAUGUACAACAUAACCAUAACAUAACAAAUAUAUUUAACUUAUUUACAAUAUUGAGCUGAAUUGGUUAAAUGAAGUUAUUACACGCCCCUCUGGAAUGUUUGAUUGGCCAGUGAUGACAUUCCAAGGUUUGAUAUUCCCAGAUAACAUCCAUCCAGUAUUAUCUGGGUUUUAUUCCACAUCUGGUACUGUGAGACAUCGUGACAAUUGCAGUUUAAUUAAAAAAAAAAGUUAUUGUCCAUUAAGCUUAUUUACCUCUAUAUUGCUGUUUUCAUUGUCCUAAAAACAAGGAAAUGUCUUCCUUGUGCUAUGAAGUCCCUCCUUUAGAAAUAUGUAACGAGUUCUGAUUGUGUAGUUUGUUUAGUGUGUUGUGAUUCGACAGCAGCUUAGCUUAGCAUUUGAUACAAGUAAGCGAUUAUGCCAUUUCAUGAGACGUAAAUAACACUGGUCCUGUUUAUUAUUCUUUCUUUCUUUUUUAUUUAUUUUACAUACAGAAAAAAAUCGUAAAGGUGUUUAUUUACACAAAUAGUCAUAAAGGUGUUUAUUUUCCAUGCACAAUAGUUUUAAAGGUGUUUGAAGGUGUUUCAUGAAGUCAAAUGUUCUGUUGGUUGUAUUUUAUUGUAAUGUUUGUGAAUGUUAAAAAACUGAAACAGCAAGUUCUCCUGGAACGGUGUUGUUUACCGCUUGAAAAAUCCUUUAUAACAUAUCAAAUCAAUAUUUUGCAUACACAUACAUAUAUUUACACAU